UAGUUGCUUUAAUGUUUUUUUUUAAUUAUAAUUUUACAAAAAUGAAAUGUUUGUUUCAAACUGCUGCAAUUUGUUCGUUUCAAAUUGCUGCAAAAAGUAAAUUAAAUCCUCGGUUUCAGAGCAAAGCUCGCCAAUUCCUAGCAUUUGCGAUAUGUUAUUAAAACAUACACAUUUGUUCUAGGUUUGUUGGGCCGUGGAAGCUACACAUGUUCCGAGCAGCAGUAGCAUUUGGUCGACUUUGGAGGAUUUGGAUUGGCCACUGACCUUCCUAUUUGCAUGCAAUGACUAAUAAAUAAAACUCGAGGGCCCAGAACUGCACUCACACCCCGUGGCGUACUUCAAUGAAAGUUCAUCCCCCACUACUAAUUCGUGACAGAAGUCCUACUUCUUGGCGUUGCCAAAAAUUGCUUGAACUUUUUCCGAGUGAGAUCCGCGAGUGCAUGAUGACCGACGGAAGAGACAGAAACCACUUUGCUGCCCCAGUUUCUGCCACCAUCCCCGGACUCCUCCGCUACCUCCUCCUUGUACUUUUAACCGCUCCAACAGCCGACUGCUUAACGGCCAACUACUCCGUCUACGAGGAGGAGCCGCCCGGCACCGUGAUCGGAAACUUGGCGGCAGAUCUGCAGCUGGAAGCGGCGGGCAGCUUCCGACUGAUGCAAAAGUUCAACGGGUCGCUGGUGGAAGUGGGCGAGACGGACGGGCAGCUGCGGGUCGGGGGCCGCAUCGACCGGGAGCAACUGUGCCCCCAACAAGCGAGAGCAGGAUCCGACCCCGAUGCGGAGCCGCAGCCGCAACUGGAGCCGUGCUCGCUGCUCUUCGACGUGGUGAACCUGUCCGGAGACAAGUUCGUGCUGAUCCGCGUCGAGAUGCGAGUGCGGGACAUUAACGACCACGCCCCCGACUUCGGGCGACCGGAGGUGCUGCUGGAAAUCAGCGAGAGCUCGGUGCUGGGAACCCGCGUCCCGCUGGAGCCGGCGCUCGACCCCGACCUGGGCGCCAACUCGCUGCUCAAGUACCGACUGUCGCCGAGCCGCCCCUUCGCGCUGGAGCAGCGGAUCGGCGCCGACGGGCUGCGUUGCCCGGAGCUGGUGCUGGUGGAGCGGCUGGACCGUGAGAGUCAGGCGGAGCUGCUGCUGCAGCUGGAGGCCGAGGACGGCGGCAACAGUAUCCCGGCGAGGAGGACGGCCACGGUGCGGCUCCGGGUGCAGGUGCUCGACUCCAACGACAACAGCCCGGCCUUCGAGCGCAGCGCGGUGGUGCUGGAGCUGCGGGAAGACGCGGCGCCCGGCUCGUUGCUGCUGCAGCUGCGGGCGACCGACCCCGACCUGGGCGCCAACGGCGAGAUCAUCUACAGCCUCAGCCCGCAGCUUCCCGCCGCCGUCCGCCGCCUCUUCCACCUGGACGCGCGCUCCGGCCGCCUCAGCCUGGCCGCGCGCCUGGACCGCGAGCGCGCGCCCGCCCUGGAGCUGGAGGUGCGCGCGCGCGACCGCGGGCACCCGCCCAGCGCCGCCGCCGUCUGCAGCGUCACCGUGCGCGUGCUCGACGUCAACGACAACGCGCCCGAGAUCGGGGUGGCGCCGCUCGUCCCCGACCCGGUGGCGGUGCCCGUGACCGCGGUUGUCAGUGAGGCGGCGGCGCCCGGCAGCCUGGUGGCGCUCGUCACCGCCACGGACCGCGACGCGGGCGCCAACGGGCGCGUUCACUGCGCGCUCUCGCCGCCCAACGGUCACUUCGAGCUGCGGCGCGCGCACGGCUCCAGCCUCCUGCUGUUGACGGCGGCGCCGCUCGACCGCGAGCGCGUGGCCGACUACAACCUGACGCUCGUGGCCGAGGACGGGGGCGCGCCCCCGCGCCGCACCCAGCGCGCGCUCACCGUGCGCGUGUCCGACGUGAACGACAACGCGCCCGCCUUCUCGCGCCGCCUCUACCAUGUGUCGCUGGCGGAGAACAACCGUCCCGGCGCCCACAUGACCACCGUGCAGGCCCACGACCCCGACCUGGCCCACAACGGCCGCCUCACCUACCGGCUGCUGGGGCCCGGCGCCGCGCUCGCCUCCAUCCACCCGGCCACCGGCGCCAUCUACGCGCUGCGCUCCUUCGACCGAGAGGCGCUGCCCGAGGCCGAGCUGCUGGUGCGCGUCACCGACGGCGGGUCACCGCCGCUCAGCAGCUCGGCCACCGUCCGCCUGACCGUCACCGACCGCAACGACAACGCGCCCGUCAUCACGCACCCGCUGCCCGGCAACGCCAACGUUAACGGCAACGCCUCCGCCUGCGUCAUCACGCUGCCCCGCCACGCCGGCGCCGGACACCUGGCCACGCGCAUGCGCGCCCGCGAUGCCGACCAGGGGGUGAACGCGGAGCUGAGCUACCGGCUGCUGAGCGGCGCCCAGGCCGGGUACGGGCUCUUCAGCAUCGAGCGCCGCAGCGGGGACGUACGGCUCGGCCGACCCCCCACACCCGAGCCCGGGGAUGGCAACGGGGCCUGGCGGCUCGUCGUGGCCGUCAGUGACAACGGACAACCCGCCCUGUCCGCCACCGCCACGCUGCACUUUGUGCUGGAGGCCGAGGAGGAGGCGGCGGGUCCCGGGCGGCGGCGGCGGCUCCUCCCGGGACAGCGGGGAUGGGACACGUCGCUGGUGGUGAUCGUGGUGCUGGCGGGCGGGUGCGCCGCCCUCAUCGUGGCCAUCGUUGGCGUGGCCGCCUCCUGCAGCAGCGGCGGGAAGGCGACAACAUCCCCGGGGCGCCGGGCCGGCGGCCGGUUGGCGAGCGAUAGCGAGCUGGAUGUCGGCGACUUGUUGCUGAAUUCGUCUCCACCCUCGACCAACAGUGAAGUGGGAGGAAAUUCCGAAGAUCUGAGCAGCCUCACAUCGGACCCUAAAGAGACUGGCACCAGCGGAGAGAGCUUUAUAUCGGAGUCUGAUCUUGAUCAUGGCACUUUCACCACAGUUGCCAUUCAGCAACACAGAAAGCCCCAAGAAAUAUUUAGUGGGAAAGACAGUGGAAAAGGUGACAGUGACUUCAAUGACAGCGCUUCUGAUAUAAGUGGAGAUGCCAUGAAAAAAGGAAAUGCAGUUAUUGAUCAAAGACAAAAUGGAUUGCCCUGUCUUGACGAAAACCAAAGUCCUUGCAUUUCAGAGCCACAUUUCAACUUGACCUCUCAACAGACAGAGUGUGGCAAAUUAUCUCCUCAUUUAAACCAGGACUACAUGGUUGCAUAUUCUUCAACACCUACUGCAUUCUUCCAUUCAUCAAGUAAUACAGCAAAUUCAGUUCUGCAAGAUCAUCCUUUGAAAUGCAUUCGCCAACAUGGUCACAUAUUAAAGUCAGGACCUCAGACUUCUGAAAAGGUUCUUUCCAGAGAUUCUGGAAAGCCAGUACACUUGUUUUGCCAACCAACAGAGCAAAGACACAAUAAAUCAAACUCCUCAGCAUCAGUGACUUCUGGACAUAGAUACCAAACAAGCUAUCUUAACACAGAACUUUCAGAAGUGGCUACUUCAUUUUGAACUCUUGACAACAUUUUAAUUGUUCUUACCAUUGCUCAACCAAAUAUUCUGCUUUUAUUGUAAUCAGAUGUCAUUAAUUUGCAAUGUACUCAGUAUUGGUUCUGUUUUUACAACAUAGAAGGAACAGACAAUAGGGCAUACUGAAACCUGAUAAUUGCAACCUGCUUAUGAUGAGUGGAAGUAAUAGCCAAUCUUAGAAAAUAAUCAGGAUAACAUGAUAGAAAAACUUGAUCCAUGAUAUGCAUAUAUUGUGCUUAGUUACAAAUUGCUGCUCAUUUGUAAACAGUUUUGUACAUAUUUUAAACAUUUAUAGUAGAAACUAGACCAAGUGCGGACCCGUUGGGCCCCAAGACAAUAUUCCACCACUGACCCAUAGCCUCCAACUGCGCAGGCGCAGCUGAGGGGUUCCCGUUGUGACGGCAGAGGUUCCCGGUGUGACGCCAGAGAUCCCCGUUGUGACGCGAGUCAUGGCAACCUUCCCCCAACAGCGCCUCGCCAUCCCUCU